GCUUGCAUCUUCUCUUAUUUCUCUUGUUCUUCUUCUUCUCCUCCUUCUUCCAUACACAUAUAUACCCUCAGCUCGAUUGCAUCCCUCCUCGCUCGAUCGUGAAGAUUGAUUGAUCGAACUAUAUAUCAUUUGGUUAUCAAUCAAGCUCGACGACGACAUGGAGAUGGUGCUGAAGAGGAGCGGCGGCGGCAUGGCGUGCCACCAACACCGGCCGGCCGAGCAGCAGGAGCCGGCGGAGCUGUCGGCUGAGCUCCGGCGAGGGCCGUGGACCGUCGACGAGGACCUCACCCUCAUCAACUACAUCUCCGACCACGGCGAGGGCCGCUGGAACGCGCUCGCACGCGCCGCCGGUCUGAAGAGGACGGGGAAGAGCUGCCGGCUGCGGUGGCUGAACUACCUCCGGCCGGACGUGAAGCGCGGCAACUUCACCGCCGAGGAGCAGCUGCUCAUCCUCGACCUCCACUCCCGAUGGGGCAACCGGUGGUCCAAGAUUGCACAACAUUUGCCUGGGAGGACUGACAAUGAGAUCAAGAAUUAUUGGAGGACCAGAGUGCAAAAGCACGCGAAGCAGCUCAAUUGUGACAUCAAUAGCAAGAGAUUCAAGGAUGCCAUGAAGUACCUGUGGAUGCCUCGUCUCGUCGAGCGUAUCCAUGCCAGCACUGGACCUGGUGACGAUAACAUUGGCCCUGAUGACGAUGGCAGUGGAGACUAUGGCAAUAACGACUUGUCGUGUAUUUCUGGUGUGACGAUGGCUACUAUUGCUACAUGUUUUGAGGGCUCUCCAAGUAUGGUGAUGAGCUCGUCUUCAGAUUCAAUCACUUCAGAGUCACAAGAUCUACAGAAGAUCAACUUGCACGUGCAUGGUGGUGAUGAGAAGAUGAGCUCUCGAGAUUGGAUGCAGGAGGUGGACCAUGAGUUUUGGUCUACACAGAUUCAGCCUAACAACGAGCAGUUCCAGGACCAAGAGCUCAACGGCUGGGUGCAAGGUUUUUCCGAGGGUAUGUCCGAAAGUCUAUGGAGCUUAGAGGACAUAUGGAAAAUGCAAUAAAUUUUACAUUUACAGAGGGCUUAUUUGUAAGAUAGAAUAGGUACAUCAAGGAGGGCAAAGAAAAAAGGUUCUUUAGUUUUAACUUUAGAAGUUACAUAUACACUAUCGAGUACACUCAAGUUUCUUUGCCAACUCCAUAUUUUUCUUUUAUUUUUUUGCUGCCUCUUUCGAUCCCUGAAGGGGUUUUUGCCUUCUAGAUAUCUAGGGGUUCAAGGAGGAGAUAUAUGUUUGUGGAUGUUGAUAUAUGAGUCAAUAUAUACUUAUCUAUAUAUUUAGAAUCUUACUGAUGAUUGGUACGAAUGGGCAAGUUCAGGCAUGUAACCUUAUGUGUGCAAAUAUUGUAAAUUACAUGUCCAAAUAUAAAAUAUUGAUCA